AACUCGAGCACCCGUUGAAAUUUCUCCAUUUUUUCUGUAGAGAAACUUUUCUUAGCCUUCUGCUAACUUAGAAAGAAAGAAAAGAAAUAUUUCCUCCUUCCAGUAUAAAAACCUUCACAAAAAAUAAAAAAAAGAAAAGAAAGCUCCACAAAUCUCACCCACCACGAAAUCUCAGGCUGCCGCGACGAUCAGAGGUACUGCCGCCGCUGCCGCUGGGUUCGAAUCCAAUUCCUCGCGAUCGCCGCCACUAGGAGAAGAAGUGGAAGACUAAGAAGGAGACAAGAAGAAGAGGAGGAGGAGGAGGAGGAGGAGGGGGAGAGAAGAAGGGGAUGGGGGAUUCGAGUUUGGACCUCCAGGAAUCGGGGUGGGAGGAGCUUCGCAAAGAGGCGAGAAAGAUCGAAGGGGAUCUCGACGUCAGGCUCUCCUCCUACGCCAAGCUAGGCGCCCGAUUCACUCACUCUUCCGGUUAUGCAGACAAUAGUUCACCUGUUGUAUCUAGCAGAUCAUGGAAGUCUAUGGAAAUAGAAAUCCAGUCUUUACUAGAGAAGCUACUGGAUGUUAAUGAUGGAAUGAGUCGAUGUGCUCCGUCGGCAGCACCUACCACUUCUGUAACCCAAAAGCUUGCAAGGCACAGAGACAUACUUCAUGAAUUCACACAGGAAUUUAGAAGAACAAAGGGAAACUUAAAUUCCAUGAUGGAGCAUGCUGAGCUUCUCAACUCUGUUAAAAGUGAUAUCAGUGAAUCAAAGGCAUCUGGCAGCAUGUCACCCGGAGUACAUUUGUUGAGGGAGAGAGCUUCAAUUCAUGGAAGCAUAAAUCAGAUUGAUGAGGUGAUUGGUCAAGCACAAGGCACAAGAUCAGUUCUGGGCACACAAAGGGCUUUGUUUGGGAAUGUUCAGGGAAAAGUCAAGCAGCUGGGUGACAAAUUUCCUAUAAUUCGAGGCCUUCUUGGUGCCAUUAGAAGGAAGCGCUCCAAGGACACACUUAUUCUAUCUGCAGUCAUAGCAGCUUGCACUUUGUUCCUAAUUAUUUAUUGGCUUUCAAAAUGAUGAAUAUUCUGAAAGGCAGCAGAGCAAGUGAGAUGCUGCACCAGUUUUCAUGGUAUUCCAAUGUGCAUGAAGUCAAAAAGCCAGCAGUCAAGUACUGCUUUAUAUCAAUCAAUACAGCAGAUAUUGGAUCGCAUGCAAGGAGAAUAUUAGAUCCAUACAAUUUUGUCAGAGAUGGGGUUGACAAUUAUGCUCUUGCUUUUUCUUUUUUCGGUAUUCUUUUCAGUUCACUUUUAUGUACAGUUUUUAAUGGAUUUUUUGCAUCAUGAAGAUCUUAAUUGAGCUUGCAUUACAAAA